AUGACGUCGGUGAAGGUAGCUGUACGUGUGCGACCAUUUAAUGGACGCGAAAUUCAAAAGGGUGCACAACAAAUUAUCAAAAUGGAACAAGAAACAACACGUAUUCGAAAUCCUCGUGAUGUAAACGAUGUUAAAAGUUUUAAAUAUGAUUAUUCAUAUUGGUCAACAAAUGAGACCGAUGGAGAAUUUGCAUCACAAUUACAAGUUUAUCAAGAUUUAGGAAUUGAAAUGUUAGAACAUGCAUUUGAAGGUUAUAAUAUAUGUAUAUUUGCGUAUGGUCAAACAGGUGCUGGUAAAUCUUAUACGAUGAUGGGUAAAAUGGAAGAUGGUCAAAAAGGCAUUAUACCUCAACUAUGUGAAGAAUUAUUUAAUCGUAUAACACGUUUAGCUACACCUACUUCACUUACACCGAUGCUAUCAGAACCACAUAAUCGUCGAUUUUCUGUUGAAGUAUCGUAUAUGGAAAUUUAUUGUGAACGUGUUCGAGAUUUACUCAAUCCAAAGACUAAGCAAAAUUUACGUGUAAGAGAACAUCCAAUUAUGGGACCCUAUGUUGAAGAUCUAUCAAAAUUACUUGUGACUUCUUAUGAUGAUAUAUCGAGAUUAAUUGAUGAAGGAAAUAAAGCAAGAACAGUAGCAGCUACAAAUAUGAAUGAAACAUCGUCAAGAUCCCAUGCCGUAUUUACAAUUGUAUUUUCACAGCGAUGUUUUGAUGAUUUAACGGGUUUAACAACUGAAAAACAGUCGAAAAUAUCUUUAGUAGAUUUAGCUGGAAGUGAACGAGCCGAUUCAACGGGAGCAACGGGUGAUAGAUUGAAAGAAGGAGCAAAUAUAAAUAAAUCAUUGACAACAUUAGGAAAAGUGAUUGCAGCACUCGCAGAAAUGAGUUCAAAACGAAAAAGUAAAUUGGAUAAAAAGGCCGAUUUUAUACCAUAUAGAGAUUCAGUAUUAACAUGGUUAUUGAAAGAAAAUCUUGGUGGAAACAGUAAAACAGCUAUGAUCGCCGCUAUCUCUCCGGCUGAUAUUAAUUAUGAGGAAACGUUGUCAACUUUACGUUAUGCCGAUCGAGCGAAACAAAUUUUAUGCAAAGCGAUUAUUAAUGAAGAUGCCAAUGCUAAACUAAUUCGUGAUCUAAAAGAAGAAAUAUUAAAGUUACGAGAAUUAUUACGUUGUGAAGCUGGUAUCGAUCUGUCGGAUGGUGGUGGCGUAGAUGUAACACAAAUACAACAACAAAAGGCAAGAAGUUCAAGAUUAAAAUCUGUCAACGGUUCGGGUGAAGAUGCUUUAGAAAGAUUGAAAGAAAAUCAAAAGUUAAUGGAUUCGCUAUGUAUGUCAUAUGAAGAAAAAUUAAAAAAAACAGAAACAAUUAUGCAAGAAAGAGAAGCUGCAUUUCAUCAACUUGGAUUAUACGCUAAAACCGAUGGUUAUGCUGUUGGAAUAUUUUCACCUAAAAAUACACCUCAUCUCGUUAAUUUAAAUGAAGAUCCACUUAUGUCAGAAUGUUUAAUGUAUUUUAUCAAAGAUGGAAUUACUCGUAUUGGUCGUGAUGAUGCCACUCAGCAUCAAGAUAUAAUGUUAAGUGGUUCACACAUACAAUCGGACCAUUGUACAUUACAAAAUAAACAAAAUAUUGUCACAUUAUCACCGUGUCCAAAUGCAAUGUGUUAUGUAAAUGGAAAACAAGUGGAUUCGACAAUUGAAUUGAAAAGUGGUUCACGAGUAAUAUUUGGUAAAUCACAUGUCUUUCGAUUUUUAAAUCCAGAACAAGCACGAAAAGAAGUAAAAAAACAAGAUACACCAUCAACAACUGAGCCGACUGAUUGGAAUAGUGCCAUACAAGAAUUGUUAGAAAAACAAGGUGUCGAUAUUAAACAUGAAAUGGAAAGAAAAUUGAUUACAAUGGAGGAAUUGUACAAACGUGAAAAAGAAGAAUCUGAUCGCUUAUUAGCACAACAGAAAUUGGAAUAUGAAUCAAAAAUAACCGAAUUACAGAAACAAAUGGAAACAUCCAUGUCCCAGUCAAUGUUAUCGUCAAUACUCUCAAGUGGAAUUGGAGGAAGUCAAUUUAAUGAUGGAAAAGAGAUUAUACAACAACAAGAUUCAUUUAUUGAUACUGACAAUGAUACACUUAGUUGUUGUUCAUGGUCUGAAACUGACUAUCAACUCGCUUGGUGGGCAUGGCGAAAAUGGCGUUAUCAUCAAAUGACAUCGUUAAGAGAUUAUUCCAAUAGAAUUCAGCCUAUAUGGGUUAUUAAGGAUGUUUUGUGGGGUAAUGGUGUUUAUUUGAAAGAAGCAAAUGCAAUUAGUGUUGAAUUACAUAAACGUGUACAAUUUCAAUUUAUUUUAUUGACUGAUACACUUUACUCACCAUUACCGCCAGAAUUAUCCACACAAUUUCAUGAAAAACCUCAACGAACAAUUGUAGCCGUUGAAGUACAAGAUUUAAAAAAUGGUGCACAACAUUAUUGGUCAAUAGAAAAAUUUAGGCAACGUUUGGAACUAAUGCGUGAAAUGUAUCGAAAUUCUGCUGAUAUUUCGCCAACGUCUCCGGAUACAAAUAUUGAACAUAUGUUAACUGACAUAAGUGGCGGACAAGAUCCAUUUUAUGAUCGAUUUCCAUGGUUUAGACCUAUUGGAAGAACAUACGUAUAUUUAUCAAAUUUGUUUCAUUUAAUACCUCUUAUUCAUAAAGUAGCCAUUGUUAGUGAAAAAGGUGAAAUUAAAGGUUAUCUAACAGUUGCCGUACAACAACUACAACAAGUAGAUGGACAUGAUUUAGCGUCUAUUGGAAUGUCAACAUCGCAUACGAUGAAAAAUUUUAGAAAUGCAGGGAUGGUCAAACUUACUUUUGACGAUGAUGCAUAUUUUCAACAUAUGAUUCAGCCAUCAUCACCCAUCACAUCUGAAUCAUGUAUUCGUUCUGAUUCAAUCGAUAAUAUUCGCUAUGUUGAAGGUCAGACAACAUCUCAAAUUGAUUUCUUAUCAGAAACCAAAGAACUUGAAUCACCUGUCCAUAUUCCAUCUAAUCAACCAAGAAUAUCAUCGACUCCAUCUUCUAUUUCUCGUAAAACAAGUGAAAUUCAACGACGUUUAAUGCAAAUCAAUGAUGACAAUUUACCAUCCGAAUUAAAAUUAAAUAAAGAAUAUCGUUUUCGUAUAACAGUUUUAGAAGCAUCACAAAUUCCAAUAGAAUAUGCUGAUAUAUUUUGUCAAUUUAAUUUUUUACAUCAACAUUCUGAAGCCUAUUCAACUGAACCAUUGAAAAAUCAUGGACAACCGGGACCACCAUUGGGAUUUUUUCAUGUACAAAAUUUUAGUGUUAUUGUCACUCGUUCAUUUAUCGAUUAUAUUCAAACUCAACCACUUGUAUUUGAAAUAAUGGGACAUUAUCAAGAACAUUUACCGCCACAAAUAGUUAAUACAACUCAGCAAGAAAGUCCAUUAUCUCGAAAUUAUAAACCAAUUAAAUCAUUAACAUCUUCGACAAUGCCAUUUUCAAGACCAAUACCAGCUCAAACACUAAAUCCAAUAUCAGCUGUCAGUGCUACUCAUGUUCAUGCUAUUCAUGAUUUAUUAGUUUGGUAUGAAAUAUUUGAAUUAGCACCAAAUGGAGAAUAUGCAGCUGCUAGUGUUGAUCAUUCCGAUGAUGUUCCAUGCUCUGGUCGAUUUUUAUUACAUCAAGGAAUUCAACGAAGAAUCGGUAUUACAUUAUGUCAUGAAUCCGGAUCAGAAUUGAUAUGGAAAGAUGUGAGAGAAGUUGUUGUGGGUCGAAUUCGUGGUCAACGUGAUUCAGUAUUUGAUGAAUCUGAUGGUCAUGUAUUAUCUUUAAAUGUUAUUCUUGCUCAUUAUUUACAAAAACAACAUGAUGAAAGAACAUUCUAUCGUUUUGAAGUUGCAUGGGAUUCAUCAUUACAUAAUUCUUUACUUUUAAAUCGUUGUACAUCAUCCGGAGAUUUUGUAUAUAUCACAAUAUCCGCCUAUUUAGAAGUGGAAAAUUGUAUACAACCAGCAGUUAUUACCAAAGAUUUAUGUCUUAUAUUUUAUCCAAGAGAUUCGAGAAUAACAUCACCUGUCAGAUCACUACGUAAUUUGUUUUCAUCUGUUGCAUACAAAAAUUUAGAUGCUAAUCGUGUGGCAGCUGUCUACGAAUUAAAAUUAAAAAGAGCUGUUGAUUCAAUUAGUCCAGGUUUACAACGUCGUCAACGUAAAGUGAUUGAUACAAGUCGAAUAUAUGUUCGUGGUGAAGAAAUGUUAAAAGGUUGGUUACCGAGAAGUGAUUCAUUAAUUAUUGAACAUCAACAAGAUUUAGAAAAAUUGUUUCGAGUUGAAAGCGUUGAACGUACAAAACAUUUUCUUCAAGUAAGAAAUCGUUUAAAGAAUCCAUUGCCACAAACAGCAGUUCACGAUUUAGUGCCAACUUCACCAUCGUCAACAAAAUCAACUCCAUCUUAUACAGCACCAUUUGAUGAUUUAACGAAAUACGAUGAACAUCAACAAGAUUUAUUAAAACGUUGUUUAUCAAUGAUGAAACCUUAUACAUUCAAUAAAAUACAUGAAGAAUCUAAAAUAAAUGUUCCAGAAAUUGAGGUAUCAACGUUGACUAACGAUCGUCUUCUAUCAACUGAAGAUAUUCACGCAUUUAAUUCUUUAUUAUCCACUGUUAAAUCGUCAAAUGAACCAUUUACAUUAUCAACAUUUUUAAAAGCAUCAUCAAGUAGCUCAGAUUUAUCUCGAUUUGCUUUACUUGAACCGUCCGCAUCUUCACCAUUAAAUUCAUCAUCAUCAUCUAUUAUGAUCAAAUCACGUUCAAUGGAAAGUUUAUUGAGUACAAAUGCUGGUGGUGGUGAAUUUUUGCGAACAUCUCGUUUACAACCAAAAUAUAUUCCUAUUCUAGAAGAAGUUCGAAUAAGUCCAGUUGUAUCAAGGAGAGGAUAUUUAAAUUUCUUGGAGGAAAAAGCAACGGGUUGGGUGAAAAAAUUUGUAACUGUUCGUCGACCAUUUGCAUUUAUUUAUAAUCAUGAAAAAGAUCCUGUUGAACGAUCAUUAAUUAAUUUAGCUACAGCAAAAAUUGAAUAUAACGAUGAAGAAUCUAUUAGUGGAACAAGGAGUACUCGAAAUACAUUUUCUGUUGUGUCAAAAUAUCGUGGUUUCUUAUUACAACCAUUAUCUGAGAAAGAUGUACACGAUUGGUUGUAUGCAUUUAAUCCACUAUUAGCCGGACAGAUAAGGCAAGUAUUAAUCUUAACUAUUUUAUAUACGAUUAAUAGAAUUUUUUAUUAAUUGUUCAUUUAGAUCUCGUUUGUCUAAUCGUGGUAUGUUAUCAACAACAAUAACUUAAAAAUAUGUUAAAAAGUGCAGCUUUUUUUUGUUUUUGUUUUUUUUAUUCUCCCUUAAAAUAUUUUUCUCUCUUUGUCAGAUGUUUUAAUUUAAUUUACUCAUAAAACAGAAUACUUGUCAAUAGAAGUGUGUGAGCUUCCAAGCUUGUUUUUGUUUUUCUUUAUCUAUAUCUAUGAUAUAAACUAUUUUUUCUAGUCGACAACUAUCAAUAAUAAUGUUUAUCAAAACAUUUUUCAAAUAUUUUUAUUUCUUGUGUCUUUCAUAUGGCUUGAAUUGAACAUAUGUCUUUGUGUGUAUGUGUUAUUAAAUAUUUUUGUUUUUUCAGUGUCAUUUGUAUAUAAAAAAUAAUGAGCCUAUUUUUAUCAUGAUGAUAUUCAUGAAAAACAGUGCAUAUAUUUAUUAAUUAUAUUAUUAGUAAUAAAUAAUAUAAAGUCAACAAACAUUCGAUUUGGACAUAAUUUAAAUAAACAAGCAUUUAUGACUAAAUAAAUUUUUUUUUUAUAAAAAAACAGUAUAGGUAAAAAAUGCAGAAAAUGUAGAAAAUGUAGAAAAUGUGUAAUAUGUUGGAUAAAGAAAUCUGUCAAACCAAAUAGAUGUUAUUGCCUAGUUCGAUAAUACGGUGAUCCAGGCUAUAAUAACUAAUAACUAUUACUCAGUUAAAAUAUUAUUCAUAAUAGUCAUGAAAGAAGUUAACCAUAUUAGUAAUGAAUGAAGGUACGAUAUGGAUGAAAAAUUCAAGUCAUCCACCUUUUUAUUUUGUAGUGAGGCAUUUACGUAAUAACAAAUCAUUGAUGUGAAUUUGUGAUACGGUAAAUUUAUGAUUCUUAGUGCAACUCGCCAUUUCUAAUUGAAAUUUAUUAGACACUCUAAUUCAGAGUAUAGCCCAGUCAAGUUUCUUGAAUCAUUUCUGCAUGAUUGCUAUUCUCGUAGAGACUAUUUAUGAAUUCUGUGAUUCUUAGCAGAGCCAGUUUCCGCUAAAAUUUAAGUAAACAACGGUAUAGUAACGGUAUAUUAUAACGACAAGACUCUAUUAGAUACAAUCGUGCAAUAAACUAACAAUUCUGAGAAUCGAGACGUGACUAUAACGAAUGAAUAUGAAUAAUGAUGGAAAAUAGAAUUCACAACCCACGUAUAAUCGGUCUGAAGAGACAUCAAACUUAUUACAAUUGCGACAUGACAUUCACAAGCAACGUUCGAACGUUCCAAGACCGAGAGAACUAUAAUAUUAGGUUGAGGAAAAAGUUCGUGCGCCGUGUUAAAAUAAUGAUUUUUUAUAUAUUUUUUUUUGUGUUUUUGAUCUGGUUUUGUGGCUAUUAUGAAAAUUUAUUGAUUUUUGAAACGCUUGAACCA